CUGGAAUUGCCAAUGGCCAAUUCAAAGCAAUUCUGCAUGAGAUACAUCAAGUUAGCCGAACUGUUCUGUACUGUGGCCACGCUGCGUUUUUGCGCGAGUUUCUGAUCACCGCGGCUGUGAACAAUAUGACUAAUGGAGAAUACCUGUGGAAGCCAUGAACAAUAAAUUGCAGGGUCUUCUUUACUGGCGCUACAACGACAGUAAUGAUGAGAUCGCCUUUCAAGUCUUCCAGUCGCUUUUGGUCAUUUAUCCGCCGAAUAUUUACGACGCUCCUGAUCCAGCGCUGGCAGCGGAAUUCGUCAAAAGGUCGCAGAGACUAUAAUUUCAGUAAUGCGCUGAAGGACCAGAAUUUUAAUUCCGUUGUGGACACUUACCUGGCACUCCCCAGCCUUUCCCAAGCGCUAAACGAUUCCUUAUCGGUUGGUGAAAAUCCAGCUAAUUUAACCGGAUCCAUGCUGGUGAAAUACAUGCUCAACCGCACUUUCACCGAUGACAACGGAGGCGGCACUAUCUACAUCGACAGUAACGGUGUGCGGCGGAGUGAUUUUACUAUAUCAUAUUUCACAUCCUCCGGCAACCGUGAACCGCUUCUGCAAAAGUUUGGAAAGCUGGACGAGGUUACACUGCAGGAGGUUACACGGCUAACAGACUGGGCCAAUGCAACAUUCCCGCCCGCCAAUGAGCCUUCCUGUGGUUAUACCAAUCAGAAGGAAGUGUGCCGACCACCACGAAAUAAUCGUUGGAUACAGCAGAUCAUUUUCAGCUUUGUCGGAGCUCUGGUAAUCGUCGGCGUUGCAUUGAUCGUUUAUAUAAGAUUAGAACAUCAAAAUCUCUGUCGGUUCCUGGGAUUAUCCAUAACCAAGAGCAAGUUGGACGUCUACACGGUCAGCACAGUGACAGAAUGUCCACCGCGAGGGACACUGCGCGAUAUACACAGCAGCCAGGUCACCAGAGAUUUUGCCUUUACAAGCUCGCUCAUCGUCGAUUACCUCGAGGCCCUGUGCUUCCUCCACCAGUCUCCGUUGCGUUAUCAUGGUCGCCUAACACCAUCAGUGUGCUGGAUUGAUAAGCAUUUCACGCUGAAAGUGGCCAGUUACGGAUUGGACCGGUUAGGCGUCGAACUAUGUAAGUGCGAGAACAUGGUACGGGUUAGCCACAGCGAACCAACCGAUCCCCUAUACUGGUUGACCCCGGAAAAACCAAAUCCCAGUGACCCCAAAGCCAUGCAAGCGCUGGAUGUGUUUUCAACCGGGUUUAUCAUCUACGAGAUCCUCAGCAACGGAGCGUUGUUUAACAAGUUUAUUGCAUUAACUGAAGACGAUUUACACGCGUUGGUCUCUCGUAAAGGAAACGUUUUCCAUGGCGUUGUGCAGUUUCAGGAUUUUGCGGCUUUCGAAAGCGUAUUGCGUUCGUGCUGGAUUGCCGAUCCGCAUCAGCGACCCAGCAUGCAACGUUUCCGGUCGCGUAUUGCCGACAUCUCGCCACUGCUGACAGCGGGGCUCAGUCAAAAUAAAUUAAUCGAUAGGAUGCACAAGCGCCUCUCGGAUUAUUCGGAAAAUUUAGAAAAUUUGGUGGCAGUGCGGACGAAUAAUUUGCAGGAGGAGAUGGGCAAAUGUGAUGCCAUUAUUGGCCAGUUUUUACCACGGUCAAUCGUAAACCAGUUACGUGUGGGCUGCGAUGUGAUACCGGAGCUGUUCGACGCAGUGACUUUGAUGUUCACCGACCUGUCAGGUUUCGUGGACUUUGUCGAGACGAACAGUCCGGAGAGUACGAUCAGCUUGAUUGAUGAAACGGAAGCCUACUUCGACCGUUUAUCGACGCGAUGCGAUGUAUACAAAGUGGAAGCUGUGGGAGACUCAUAUUUGGUUGCCAGUGGUUUACCAGAAAGAAUUGGCAACAAUCAUAUUCAGCGCUUAGCGUUUUUUGCUAUGAAACUGAUGGAAGCCGAGUCACAAAUGACCUUUAUUAGAACACUGCGAUUUAGGAUUGGAUUGCAUUCUGGUGCCUGUGCGGCGGGUGUUCUGGGCUUGCGAAGACUGCGCUACUGCCUAUUUGGUGACACGGUGAAUUUAGCCUCACGGAUGUGCAGCCACGGUCUGCCGGGUCGCAUACACGUUAGCUAUGAAUCGAAAAUCUUGCUGGAAGGAUUUCCGGAAUACAAGGUCGACUGUCGGGGAACACAGGCCAUUAAGGGGACCCUCGAGAUGACAACGUACUGGUUAACCAGAUUCACUGGGCAGAUAUAAUUAGUAUACCCACUAAAAUCGAAAUUGACGAAAUUCUGGAAACUGCGAAGAUGAGCACUCCCCCUCUACGAUGAAUCUUGUGCUCCACACCCACA